AAUCGAAUUAAUCGAACAGUUCUACGUUAAGAUGAGGGCAUUUUGGUUUAUAAAGAAUAAACCGGUCGUCUGGUUUUCAUUAAGUCCUAUAUAGUUGUGCACUCAACUAUGUAGACUAUAAUAGUAUAAAUACAUUAAUACGUUUUUUUUUUUUUUUUGAAAACUCGUACAGUUAUUAAUAAUUUUAUUUACAUCAUGGCAAAUUUCAUAUAUUUGAUAUCUAUAAUUUUGCUCAGAGCUUACUUAACUGAACAAUUUGAGAAAGCAGAUUUUUUAUCACACGAACGCAUAAAUAAUAUAAACAGUAUCGCCAAGACAUGGAAGGCUGGUGAAAAUUUUGAUCCGAAUACGCCGAAAGAAGUGAUAAUAGGAUUGAUGGGUUCUAUCGGAUUUAGUAAUAUUAGUAGAUCACUUCAUGGCCCACCAAAAACCAGUGAUCCAUUAUACGAUGGGAUCACAAAAAUUCACAAGACAUUUGACGCAAGAAAACACUGGCGCUACUGUAAAACAAUGGGCGCAGUUCGCGAUCAAGGAAACUGUGGUUCUUGUUGGGCUUUUGGCACCACAGGGGCAUUUUCAGACAGACUUUGUGUGGCGACAAACGGAAAAUACAAUCAACUCUUGUCCGCCGAAGAGCUCACGUUCUGCUGUCAUAGAUGCGGUUUUGGAUGUGAAGGAGGUGACUCGAUGCAAGCUUGGAAAUAUUUUGAAAUACACGGAUUGGUGUCCGGGGGCAACUACAAUUCUCACGAAGGAUGUCAACCGUACCGAGUUCCACCUUGUCAUCACGGUCAAAAAGGAAAAGGCUCGUGUUCAAGCUUCAGAAUAGAAACCAAUCAUCGAUGUCACAAAAAGUGUUAUGGCAACAAAACUAUCGAUUAUAACAGUGAUCACGUGAAAACUAAAAAUUCAUAUUGCCUUUCGCAUGAAUCUAUGCAAAAGGACGUGCAAACUUACGGGCCAAUCGAAGCAUCAUUUAUUAUAUACGAUGACUUUUUGCAUUACAAAAGUGGUAUUUAUCAUAAAACCGAAAACGCAGUAAAUUUAGGCGGUCAUUCAGUGAAGUUGAUUGGCUGGGGAGUCGAGUAUGGAGUGAAAUAUUGGUUAUUAGUCAACUCCUGGGGAACCGAAUGGGGAGAUCAUGGACUUUUUAAAAUUAGAAGGGGCACAAAUGAAUGCGGAAUUGAAGAAAGACCUACAGCAGGUGUACCUCUUGUCUAAUAUGUUAUAUUCUUAUAUCAUACAAAUAAUAUUUUUUACUUUAUUGUUUAAUUCAACUUAUUUUACACAUUCAACUGUUUAUAAAUCAUUCAGUUGUAUUUAAAAUAAAUAUUAAUUCAUAGUUUACCACCUACUCAUAAUCAUUACUAUUUUAACAAACUGUGUAAUUUUAAUGUCUUAGCAGUGUUAAAUAAUUACAAUUAAUUAUGCAUUGAAUAAACAAAUAAAGUUAUGCAUUUUAA